CUAUGAAAAAAACAAAUUAAAAAUAAAGAAAAAACAGAGUGUAUUUAAUUUUUUAUGUUACGUUUUGUUAUAUUAAUCUAAAACCCCGCUAGCCUGUCAAAUUCCACUCUCUCUGUAUCUUUUUUAUUUUAAUUUCAGUUUUGAUCACUUUCUUUUCUCUUCCUUUUCUUCUUCUUCUCCAAAUAAAAAAGUCUCAAUUCAUAUAAAUUAUAAUAACAAACAGUUAAUGGCUUCUUCCAGCUCCGGAAUUGGAACUUCAAUUCCCGCCUCAGAUGCCGUUCAAGUUCUCGUAUCUUCUCUCGCCGAUGAAUCGCUCAUUGUUCGUCAAGCUUCCAUGGCAUCUCUUAAGGAUAUCUCCUCACUGAAUCCUCUUUUGUUGCUUGAUUGCUGCUCUGCCAUUUCUAGAGGCGGUCGCAGGAGGUUUGGGAAUUUGGCUGGGGUUUUUCAAGUAAUGGCAUUAGGUGUUCGUGCGUUGGAUAAACGAGAUGUUGAUCCUUCUUAUAUGGCCAAACUUGCUAAGAUUGCUACUUCUGAAAUGAUCUCCACUAAGGAGCUGAAUGCGGACUGGCAAAGGGCUGCAGCUACCCUACUUGUUUCAAUAGGCUCACAUUUGCCGGACCUGAUGAUGGAAGAGAUUUUUUUGCAUUUAUCGGGAUCUAGUUCUGCUUUGCCAGCUAUGGUUCAAAUUCUUGCGGAUUUUGCUUCUGCUGAUGCUUUGCAGUUCACUCCAAGACUGAAAGGUGUACUUUCACGAGUUUUACCUAUUCUUGGCAAUGUACGUGAUGCUCAUCGGUCAAUAUUUGCAAAUGCCUUUAAAUGCUGGUGUCAAGCUGUAUGGCAAUAUAACACGGAGUUUCCUUCACAUUCACCUCUUGAUGCUGAUGUCAUGUCAUUUCUGAAUUCUGCUUUUGAGCUUCUACUACGAGUUUGGGCAACUUCACGUGAUCUUAAGGUACGCACAUCUUCUGUGGAAGCUAUAGGUCAGAUGGUUGGUCUUAUCACUCGGACCCAAUUAAAGGCAGCUUUACCAAGGCUUGUCCCUACCGUGUUAGAACUGUACAAAAAGGAUCAACAGGUUGCCCUCCUUGCAACACGUAGUCUUCACAAUCUUUUAAAUGCUUCGUUAUUAUCUGAAACUGGUCCACCAUUGCUUGAUUUUGAGGAUCUCACAGUCAUUUUAUCAACACUUCUUCCAGUAGUUUGUAUCAAUAAUGAUAGUAAAGAGCAUUCAGAUUUUUCAGUGGGACUGAAGACCCACAAUGAAGUUCAGCGUUGCUUUUUGACUGUUGGCUUGAUCUACCCCGACGACUUGUUUAACUUUCUUCUGAAUAAAUGCCGGUUGAAGGAAGAAUCUUUGACAUUUGGCGCACUCUAUGUUCUGAAGCAUCUCUUGCCAAGGUCAUCUGAGGCUUGGCAUAACAAGAGGCAUUUACUAGUUGAAGCUGUAAAAUCCUUGCUAGAUGAACAAACUUUAGGUGUUAGAAAAGCUUUGUCAGAGUUGAUUGUAGUUAUGGCCUCACAUUGCUAUUUGGUUGGUCCAUCUGGUGAAAUGUUUGUUGAAUACCUUGUACGUCAUUGUGCUCUUUCAGAUUUUGAAACAAAUGGUCCUGAUAACUCCAAGGUAAAGUUGGGGAGUUUUUGUCCAAUAGACUUGAGAGCAAUCUGUGAGAAAGGCCUUCUUCUGAUCACCAUUACAGUUCCAGAAAUGGAGCACAUUCUUUGGCCAUUUCUGUUGACUAUGAUCAUCCCACGGAUUUACACUGGUGCAGUUGCAAUUGUAUGCCGAUGCAUCUCAGAGUUAUGCAGGCAUAGAAUUUCUAACAUAAGUGGCAUGCUUAGUGAGUCCAAAGCUCGUGCUGAUGUUCCUAAUCCUGAGGAGCUUUUUGCCCGAUUACUGGUGCUUUUGCAUGAUCCACUGGGUAGGGAGCAGCUAGCUACUCACAUUUUAACAGUCCUCUGUUAUUUGGCACCUCUAUUUCCAAAGAACAUCAACAUGUUUUGGCAAGAUGAGAUUCCUAAAAUGAAGGCUUAUGUUAGUGAUACGGAAGACUUGAAGCUGGAUCCUAUGUACCAGGAGACUUGGGAUGAUAUGAUAAUCAAUUUCCUUGCAGAAUCUUUGGAUGUGAUUCAAGAAACUGACUGGGUGAUCUCUCUUGGAAAUGCUUUUACAAACCAAUAUGAGCUCUAUACACCAGAUGAUGAGCAUGCUGCACUUCUUCACCGGUGCCUUGGUAUGCUUCUGCAGAAAGUCGAUAACAGGGCAUAUGUUCAAAGCAAGAUUGAUUGGAUGUAUAAGCAAGCUAAUAUUGCUAUUCCAACCAAUAGGCUUGGUUUAGCAAAAGCUAUGGGAUUGGUUGCAGCCUCCCAUUUGGAUACCGUGUUGGAAAAGCUGAGAGAAGUUCUGGCUAAUGUUGGACAAAGUAUUCUGCAGAGGUUGUUGUCAUAUUUCUCUGAUAGCUAUAAGACAGAAGACUCUGACGAUAUUCAUGCUGCCUUGGCUCUGAUGUAUGGAUAUGCUGCAAAAUAUGCUCCAUCAACAGUUAUUGAAGCAAGAAUAGACGCCCUUGUUGGGACUAACAUGCUCUCACGUCUUCUUCAUGUACGCCACCCUACAGCAAAGCAGGCAGUAAUUACUGCUAUUGAUCUACUAGGUCGUGCCGUCAUUAAUGCUGCGGAAAGUGGUGCAUCAUUUCCACUUAAAAAAAGAGACCAGUUGCUUGACUAUAUAUUAACUUUGAUGGGCAAAGAUGAUAAUGAUGAUAUUGCUGAUUCCAGUCUUGAACUUCUACGUACCCAGGCAUUGGCUUUAAGCGCUUGCACUACCUUGGUGUCCGUGGAACCAAAGCUGACAAUCGAAACUAGAAAUCAUGUUAUGAAGGCAACCUUGGGGUUCUUUGCUUUGCCAAGUGAACCUGCAGAUGUUGUGAAUCCUCUUAUAGACAACCUUAUCACUCUCUUAUGUGCAAUUCUUCUUACAAGUGGAGAGGAUGGAAGAAGCCGAGCAGAGCAGCUUUUGCAUAUUCUAAGACAAAUUGAUCAAUAUGUUUCUUCACCAGUGGAGUAUCAAAGACGAAGAGGCUGUCUUGCAGUGUAUGAGAUGCUUCUCAAGUUUCGCAUGCUUUGCGUCAGUGGAUAUUGUGCACUUGGUUGCCGUGGAAUUUGCACUCAUAGCAAGCAAAUUGAUCGCACUCUCCAUGGAAACUUUUCCAAUUUACCAUCCGCAUUUGUAUUGCCAAGUCGAGAAGCCCUCUGUUUGGGUGAGAGAGUCAUUAUUUAUCUUCCACGCUGUGCAGACACUAAUUCUGAAGUUAGAAAAGUUUCUGCCCAGAUUCUUGAUAAACUCUUCAGCAUCGCUCUUUCACUUCGAAAGCCUGGAGGAUCUAGUUUUGGUUUGGACAUGGAAUUGCUGUACGGUGCCUUGUCCUCCCUUGAGGAUGUUUUAGCCAUCUUGAGAAGUGAUGCAUCUAUUGAUCCUUCUGAGGUUUUCAACAGAAUUGUAACAUCCGUCUGUGUUUUAUUAACAAAGAAUGAGCUUGUUGCCACCUUGCAUGGUUGUACAACAGCUAUUUGUGACAAGAUUAAGCCAUCAGCUGAAGGGACCAUCCAAGCCGUUGUUGAGUUUUUUUCGAAAAGGGGAAAGGAGCUUAGUGAAAGUGAUAUUUCUAGGACAACACAAUCAUUGCUUUCUGCUGUGGUUCAUGUUACUGAGAAGCAUUUGCGUUCAGAGACUCUUGGAGCUAUUUCUACUCUAGCUGAAAGCACUAGUUCAAAAGUCGUCUUCAAUGAAGUACUGGCCACUGCUGCAAGGGAUGUAGUCACAAAGGAUAUUUCUAGACUGCGAGGUGGCUGGCCAAUGCAGGAAGCAUUUUAUGCCUUUUCUCAACAUGUAGUGCUGUCUUUUCAAUUCCUUGAGCAUCUGACAUCUGUCCUUAACCAGUCCUUUAUCAUGAAGGGUGAUACAGAAAAAGGAGACAGUUCUAGCCACUUUGCUGAUGGUCAGAUAGAGAAUGACGUAUUACAAGCUGCUAUGCUGGCUCUCACUGCCUUCUUCAGAGGUGGUGGUAAAGUUGGAAAGAAAGCUGUGGAACAAAGCUAUGCCUCUGUCCUUGCUGCACUGAUUCUUCAAUUUGGAAGUUGUCAUGGUCUUGCUAGUUUGGGUCAGCAUGAGUCAUUACGUGCUCUUCUAACUGCAUUUCAGGCCUUUUGUGAGUGUAUGGGAGAUCUAGAAAUGGGAAAGAUUUUGGCUAGAGACGGAGAGCAAAAUGAAAAGGAAAAGUGGAUUACUCUUAUUGGAGAUAUAGCAGGAAGUAUUUCUAUAAAGAGACCAAAAGAGGUCCAAGCUAUUUCUCUUAUUUUAACUAAAUCCUUAGACCGACAUCAAAGCUUUCAAAGGGAAGCCGCUGCUGCAGCAUUGUCAGAGUUUGUUCGCUACAGUGGCGGGUUCAAUUCCCUGUUGGACCAGAUGGUUGAAGCAUUGUGUAGGCAUGUGUCUGAUGAGUCUCCUACUGUCAGGUGCCUUUGUUUAAGGGGAUUAGUACAGAUACCAUCUGUUCACAUUUAUCAGUACACAACUCAAAUCCUGGGGGUAAUAGUGGCAUUGCUUGAUGAUUCGGAUGAUUCUGUCCAAUUGACAGCUGUUUCAUGCUUACUCACGGUGCUGGAAUCAUCAUCCAAUGAUGCAGUAGAGCCCAUUUUGCUUAAUCUUUCUGUUAGGCUCCGCAAUCUUCAAAUCUGCAUGAACACACAGAUUCGAGCCACUGCCUUUACUGCAUUUGGAGCACUGAGCAGCUAUGGAGCUGGAACACAACAUGAAAUAUUUCUUGAGCAGAUACAUGCUGCUAUUCCUCGCUUGGUUUUGCACCUUCACGAUGAUGAAGUUAGCGUGCAACAAGCUUGUCGAAACACCCUCAAACGUAUUGCCCCCUUGGUGGAGAUGGAAGGAUUAGCUUCCCUAUUCAGUUCUCAUAGUUUUGCAUCUGAUCUUCGAAGUGACUAUGAGAACUUUCUGAGAGACUUUGCUAGGCAGUUUGUACAACAUCUUCCUUCCAGAGUUGACACUUACAUGGCAUCAAUGAUACAGGCUUUAGAGGCACCUUGGCCGAUAAUACAGGCAAAUGCUAUUUAUUUGGCCAGCAGCAUGCUAUCACUUUCAGAUGAUCAACGCAUCUUUGCUCUUUACUAUGCACAGGUGUUUGGAUUGCUGGUGGGGAAGAUGAGUCAUUCAGCAGAUGCAGUUGUUAGGGCAACAUGCUCUUCAGCCUUGGGCUUGCUACUUAAAUCAACUAAUGCUCUCUCUUGGAAAAGCAGCUCGAGUAGAUUGAGUGGAAUCAUUUCGUAGGAGUAAUGAUUCAGAGUCUAAGAAGUAGUUGUGGGAAGACUUCUUUUGACUAGGGUCUCUUUGAGCACCAAUCAGAUCCACCUGCAACAGGAUUAUGAGAAUGGUACAGUUUUUUUUCUUUCUAUACUGGUCCCUGUUGAAACAUAGAACCUGUUGGUUUAACCGAGUAGCGCGAGUAUGCUAGCCUUGUAUGGCAGUUUGAGGAGUUAAACAAUGAUGGUACAUGAAAUAACUGAUAUCUCUUGAUGUUGUGAUGCGCCGUGAAGCUCAGUUAUGGAUGCAAGCUGGUAAUGGAGCUUAAGAGAUAUAUGUACAGCUUUUACUAAAUGCAGUUGAAAAUAUGUAGCAUUUGGUAAAUAGAAAUGAUGCAAAUUAUAAGGCUGUAUUUUGCUUCAGGUGUUAUAUAUAUUUGUACAAAUAUUCAUCAAUUUGUUUGCAAUGUAAUUAGAAUUUCAGGAUCUGUUGUAUAAGUUUGUAAGUUUCUCAGUGUAAACUGUGAAGUUUGUAUAAUGCAACUUGAUUUGUUCAUUCAUCAA